AGCAUCCACCUGUCCCAUUCACCUUCAUCUUUCUCCCGACUCCAUUCUUCGAUUCGUGCCGCGUUGAUGACAUGCUCGGUUUAAUUGCACUUUUGGGGUGAUUUUGACGUUCGUCUGUGACGUUUUUUGUUGCUUGAGACGCGUAGGACGUGGGCGUUGUACCCCCUCCCGUACCGUCAGGGUUACAACCAAUCACGCUCGGCCACGGGAUGUGAUGGAAUCCCGCUCCUCCGUGUGUUGAACGCUUGACUCCGUGCUUCUGUUCCAGCGUAAAUCCCCCACCGCUGAGACGUCUCCCGGUGGUUACCAGGCACAUCAAGCCUGCGGAUCAGGAAGAUUUGGCCGCAUCACCAGACCGCGGACUGAGGAAGACUGACGAUCGGGAUAUCACGUUAGCGUCAUCUUUGUGAUGAGCUAACUCCUGCGAUUGCUCCGGGCAAGGACUUAUAUUUCAUUCUCGGCCACAGGAAGCGGUAAGAAGAGUCGCAGAGAGAGAGAGAUAGACCCAUCGGCACACACGAGGAACAUUGCCGGCGUAAUCGCCACUCUCUCCGCGUCAAGAGGCACCGCGGCGCGUGGAAUUGCCGCAUCGGCGCCUCCAGGCAGGAACUUGUGGCCACAACGCCAGCUGGGCCAAACAUUCGAACUGUCGAGCUUGAUUUUCUACAUGCAAAAAGAUUCCAUCAUCACGGCUUGAGAGAAAAUUCCAGGGAGAAGGAAAAGGCUAAGACGGAGUGAAGGAGCAAUAUGGCGACGUCGGGCGUAGUUUACGUCUUGGUGUGCUGGUGCGGUCUGCAAGUGAUGGCCGGUCCUCGGGUUCCCUACCCGACCAACGUCCAGGGGAUGGUGGGCCUGUCGGCGACUCUACCAGCCAGCAUCAGCCAGGACAAUCUCAUCAUCUCCCUGACGUGGAGCAAGAUCGACGGCUCCGUCGGCGGCACCCGGGAAGCCGUGCUGAUCUACUCCCCGGCCACCAACACCAACAUCGCGCUGGGGUCGGUCAAGGGGAGGUCCACGCUGAAUGAGGACGGCUCCCUGGUCAUCGACAAUCUGACACUGACGGACGGAGGGCUGUACGUGAUGACCGUGCUGAUCAACACCAUAGGGCAGGUGGAGCAGUACGUACAACUCAAGAUUCAUGUCCCACCGAGCGUUUCAAUAGACUACGCCGGAUAUCCCGUCCAAGUUAUCGAAGGGACGUCAGCAACGAUCAACUGCACGGUGCUCAACUCUAGUGCCUUGGUUCAACCCGCUUACUGGACUAAAGAUGGCGUCAAGCUCGUGGAUGCGAACCUCGGUUCCGUUAGGACCGUACUACUUGACGAUACGGGGGGCGCCAGUAGUUUGUCCCUCCUUAUCCCGGAUGUGAGUCGCGCAAGGGACAAUGGGAAUUACAGCUGCGUUGCCGUGCAUAUAGGAGGAGUUACGUCCGACUCCGUCGUCAUGGAGGUGUUAUAUCCAGCAGCGGUUACAAAUAUUUCUACUGCCGUUACCAUAGAGGAGGGGAAGAGCCUGGAUCUAUUUUGUCAGGCGGAGGGAAACCCACCUCCAAAUAUCACUUGGUAUCGCUCCGCGCAAACAGGGCCCCUCCUGACAACCAUAGGAUACUACAUGUUGGAAACGGCCGUUCUGACUCUCCCGGUUUUGACUUUGAACGACACGCGGGACUACACCUGUGCGGCUUGGAAUGGGAUUGGAACCCAGGACCUCAAGGCCGUGUCUGUAACCGUGAUCAAGGCUAAAAAGGUUCCAGUUUCGCCUGUGACUAUUCCUGAUCCAGAGGAGGUGGAGAAGACGUCAUCGGAAACAUGGCCGCUGUUCCGGAUCGCCAUCUUCGCCGGGGCGGCGGCCGGAGGGGUUCUGGUCAUCACGGUCCUGCUCCUGGGCGCGCUGGUCGUCUGCAGGAAGGACCGCAAUCACGAGAACCACACGCAGUGCCGAUUGGUCAGCAUCGUUCCACCAAUCACAGACGCGGAGAUGGAAAUGACGACUAAAGAGAUCAGCCCAGGGACUACCAUGUCGAGGGACAGUUACUCUACGGCAAGUCUACUGUCAGAGAAAUGCGUUGCCAAGGCAAUCGAACCCUAUGACGUCAACGAGCCGGGGUUACUGAAGCUCAAGGUCGGCGACAUGGUGGAGGUGCUGAAGACCGGAAGUGAUGGAUGGUGGUACGGAUGCACGCAAGGCAAGAUGGGAGCAUUUCCGGCCGGCUGCGUGACGAUGGUGAAAAAGCCAGCCACUGACACAAGUAAUGGGCAUCUCUCCGGUGGCCAGACGGGAGGCGCUCAAUGUUCUGCCGACGAUGACAUGAAGUCUUCGCGCUACGUCACCGUGUACAGCACCAUACCUGUCGGCACGCUCAAGAGAAAGGCUCAGGCAGAGGAAGAAAAGAAAAUCCAGGAGACCUCCACACUGCCCAAACCGACCACUUUACCAAAACCGAAGACACCGGUCAUCCCCGAACCCCCUAAGGUGCCCACAACCGCAACCAUGUCUGGUUCGGCAACGUUACCUGCCAAGGAAACGCCCAAACCCAAAACGCCAACAACACCAGUACCUCCGCCACAAACACCUAUACCCACAUGUUCAGAAAAGGUUGCCGAGCGAUCGCGGGUGGAAUACGUGGAAACAGAUCUUGACGACGACGAAACUAUAAAGGCAAUGACCUUGAAAAUGCAGAAGCUAAACCCAAGUCUCCUUAACCCGAGCCAUUACGAAACGAGACUGUGACUAUAAGGUGGUCAGAACUGCUCGGGAUGAUGAAUGUGUGAAAAGUUACAUCUCUGUGGUUUUGCAAUAGGGAGAACGUGAACAAAUUGCACCCAGAUCGUCCAUGAAAUUUGUCACAGGUUUUCUUGGCUCCACGCCAUGCACGUAAAUGGAUAUAUGAGGACAUGAUGGACGGUGAACAUCGCAGUUCAGUCCGUGACUAUGGAUUGUAAUGUAGAUGCGGAUGUAUCGUGUUACUGUACAAAUUUACAUCUGGUAUUAAAACGUCGAAGAUGUCUUCUGUGACGUGAAUUUCGGCGCUGUGACGGGCGCUGUCUAUAGAUGACAAUGUUGUCCGUCAUUGUUGUUGUUGGGUUUCAGAUAAAGAUCUCAUAAUGUGUUACCAUGAGGCGAGCUGCUGGACAAAGGGGAAUUCCCCUGACUGUUGGAUCUCUACAAGAUUGAAUAUUAAAGAUGCGGACCUUAUGAUUGGCCGUUGAAUCUAGUUUUCCUGAUUGAACGCAACGGGAAUGACCAUGCUCCAAGAAGAAGGACUUCAAAUGUACAGAAACUGGGUAUUCUAUUAUGCGAGAAUCAUCCGAGGCAAUGUGAUAGUAGUCUACAAUGAAAAAAAGACUUUUCAAUGAACAAUAAACCUGUGCGAGAAAGCUAAAAGUCACGAAUGUCAGAACUUUUGAUGCCGGCACGAUGGCUAAGGCAGUAUGAGGGUAGGAAUGGAAUAUGAACGUUACAAGGGCUAACCAUCUCAGGACUUUGAAUGGGUGAACCACAUGGAUGUUUGGCUUAAACUGCACUGACAAGCAGUCAAUGCUUAGGGAAAGGAACCGCUAUUUCUUGGAACCUGCCGUUCUGGACAAUGAGGCUCUGUGUUGCAAAAGUAAUUGGCGAUGAUAGCUACAGGACAAGAGGAUAUACUACCAGGUUGUUACUAGUACUACCUCUACCAGCCUCACUUUCAGUCGGAAUUUCCAACAUGGCGAUAUUCGCGCAUGCGUACUGCUUGCUUUGAUGAUCCUCGCGACCGCACUGCCUCCUGGGAAGGGAAGAACCAUUAAUGCUUGCUACUACUAAAGGACACGAGCGAGUCUAUGAAGGAAAGACGCCUCCUGACUAACAUUAUCGUCCAGGCUUUUACUUGCUGUUGAGCGAGUAGCAUCACUAACAUAGUAUGUGAAAUAAUAGAAGGAACGUAUGUGUCUUUCCCUCGCCGUGGUAGUCCAAAACCAGUAGUGCCCAUCCCUAAAAAUAAUAUCAAAAUCUAAAAAAAAUUUAAGUCCACAAAGAUACAAAGAUGAAGAUGAAGAAAAAAAUAUAAGUCCACAAAAUAUAUAUCUAUAUAUCAAAAAAAAUCAUUUUAUUGUAGCGAGACCGAAACUUUAAAAGUAGUAGUUGGUUAAGACAAAUAUAUUGCUGGCGAUAUUUGUAACAUGUUAACUUGUGAUACCCCCUCUACCUUGAUCCACCAUUUGUAAUGCUGUGAUCUAUACAUAGCAAAAAAACUUCAGAGAAGCAAUUUCACGUCGACUUGAAACUUAACAAAAUGAAUUUUGGCAACUUACAUGUAACUGUACGAAACGUUCUGUGAAAACGGUUGAAGUUGAACGGUUGGACGGUUGUAUAAUCACAAUGAGUUCAUUAGCUUAUGGCGUUUUAUAAGACACCAAUAGGGCGAAAAUAAUCUUGAUAACGUUGUACUAAUAGACUCGGCAUGCCACUCUACCACCGUGACUUGUUUAACAUUUUCCAGUAUUACAGUAUAACUAAUAUAAAUUUUAGUUUCGACCUAGAGUAUCACGAGGUAUAUACCGUACAUCGUGAGGUGCCCUGAUUUAUAAUGUCCUCCAGAUACAAAAACUGUCUGAUUCUGUAUAAAUGUCCUAAUGUAUCAUUCUAAGAUCACAAAAGUGUUGACCACUUUUUUGACGACGCCGUGAAAUACUUAGCGAAACGAACUUUGUGAUUGGAUACUUUUGUACGUUCUUGCACAGUAUUUCUAUCCAUGCGUUUUAGCAAAGGUCCUUCAUAAGCCUUUAAUUUCGCUAUCUAAAGAUUAAAUAGAGCAUCACUGGCUGUAAGCAAUAAUACAUUAUAAGAAUAUUUUCACUGAUUUGUGGAAAUGGUGCUUUCUAUUUAGAACAAUCUCUCAAGAUAUAGAAACUGGUAGUUAGAUGACUAGAUUGAAAAUUAAAGUAAAGCUUUAUGAAAUAAAGUUGUUCCAAAUGUG